AUGACUACAAUUGGUUGGACUGUUGAAGACUGGAAAAAAUGGCAUUUUACGUCAACCCCCAAGGGAUCGUUGCAGUUAUUGAAGCAGGUUCUUGCAUCGCAAAGAACAGCUCCCGAGGAUCCAGCUUGGAUUUCUCUAGCUAGCGAGGAAAAUCUACUUCAUCAAUGGAAUUUUCUACAAUCAAAGUCUCACAAGAAUUCCCUCCCCUUGUAUGGUGUGCCCAUUGCCGUGAAGGACAAUAUCGACGCCAAGGGGUUUGAGACAACCGCGGCGUGCUCCUCGUAUGCCUACACCCCAGAAAAAGACGCAACCACAGUUAGAUUGUUAAGAGACGCAGGGGCAAUAAUCUUGGGGAAAACCAACUUGGAUCAAUUUGCAACAGGGUUGGUUGGAACGCGAUCACCUUAUGGAAUUACUCCAAACACAUUCAAUAAAGAGUUUGUGUCUGGAGGAUCGUCAGCAGGCUCCGCAUCAGUUGUUUCGAGAGGAAUUGUACCGAUUGCCUUGGGUACUGAUACGGCAGGGUCAGGCAGAGUUCCAGCUGCGUUGAAUAACAUUAUUGGAUUAAAGCCGACAAAGGGGGUUUUUUCAUGCAGCGGGGUGGUUCCAGCUUGUAAAUCACUAGACUGUGUUUCUAUCUUUGCAUUAAACUUGCAGGAUGCUCAGCUAGUGUUUAGUAUCAUGGCAAAGGAAGACGGUGAAAAUGACGAAUAUUCUAGAGCAAUGCCAGUCAACCCAAUCUUGAAGUUUUCUCGUAAGCCAAAAAUAGCCGUGCCUACAAACUUGGUUUGGUAUGGCGAACAGGAAAACCCGAUAUUAUACAAUAAUGCUGUAAAUAUAUUUGAAAAAGAGGUUAAGGUGGAACUCGUUUCAUUGGAUAUAGGACCAUUGUUGGAAUUAGCAAAGUGUUUGUACGAGGGACCCUGGGUGACUGAAAGAUUUAUUACAGUACGAGAUUUCUUAGCUUCAAAUCCACCAAUAAAGGAUUUGGAUCCUACUGUUUUACAGAUUAUUAAAAGUGGCGAGAACUAUACAGCGGCAACGGCCUUUGAGUUUGAGUACAAAAGACAAGCAAUAUUGCAGAAAGUGCGUAGGAUGUUGAAGGAUAUUGAUGCAAUAAUAGUACCGACUGCUCCAUUGAAUCCAACAAUUGACCAAGUUGUCAAAGAACCAAUUAAAAUCAACUCGUUUCAGGGCACUUAUACGAAUUUUGUAAACUUGGCCGAUUUAUCUGCAUUAUCUAUUCCAGCUGGAUUUAGAAAAGAUGGACAACCUUUUGGAAUAACAUUGUUAUCAAACAAGUUUAACGAUUAUGCAUUACUUGACUUGGCCAGUCGCUAUAUGCGGCCAUAUGCGAAAACGGUGCCCCAUUUUUACGGCGCUUUAAAGGAUAAGCUAAUCAACUCAACUAUUCAUGAUGAAUUAUAUGAUAGUAUCCCUCCAAUUUUAGAAGAGGAACAAGUCAAGUUGGCUGUUGUUGGAGCUCAUCUCCAAGGAUUCCAAUUACAUUGGCAACUAGAAAAAGUAAAUGCAAGAUUCAUACAAUCAACCACAACUUCAAAAACUUACAAACUAUAUGCAUUACCAAAAACAGGACCAGUUUCCAAACCAGGACUACGAAGAGUCAAUCAAGGAGGAGCAAAUAUAGCAGUUGAGGUUUAUUCUAUACCAAAGGAGAAUUUCGGUACUUUUAUAAACUUUGUACCUGAGCCUUUGGGAAUUGGAUCUGCUGAGUUAAUAUCAGGAGAAUGGGUUAAAUCAUUUAUUUGCGAGGAGCGCGGUUAUACUGCUUCUGGAACAGUAGAUAUUACUGAGUUUGGAGGAUGGAAAAACUACCAAGACUAUUUAGAAAGCGAAAGUGAAAAAUUCAAAAAACCGUUUAAAUCAGUAUUGAUAGCUAAUAGAGGUGAAAUUGCUGUAAGACUAAUCAAGACGUUGAAAAAAUUAGGUAUCAAGUCUAUAGCUAUUUAUUCAGACCCCGAUAAGUAUGCCAAACACACAUUGAUGGCAGAUGUUGCCUUUCCAUUGCAUGGGACCACUGCAGCAGAAACAUAUAUCGAUAUCGAUAAAGUGAUUGCAGUUGCCAAAGAAUCAGAAGCCGAAGCCAUUUUGCCAGGAUACGGAUUUUUAUCGGAAAAUGCCGAUUUCUCAGAUCGUUGUUUGCAAGAAGGUAUCGUUUUUGUUGGACCAUCAGGAGAUACCAUUAGAAAGUUGGGUUUAAAACAUUCAGCUAGAGAGAUUGCUAAAAAUGCUGGAGUUCCUUUAGUUCCAGGUUCUGGUUUAGUUAUGGAUGCCAAAGAAGCUAAAGAAAUUGCAUCAAAGUUGGAGUAUCCAAUUAUGGUGAAAUCCACUGCCGGUGGAGGUGGUAUUGGUUUGCAAAAAGUUGAUUCGCAAGAAGAUAUUGAAAGAGUAUUUGAAACUGUGAAACAUCAAGGUCAAUCUUAUUUUGGUGACUCUGGUGUAUUUUUGGAAAGGUUUGUUGAAAAUGCAAGACAUGUCGAAGUUCAAAUGUUGGGUGAUGGAAAGGGCAAUGCAAUCACUAUUGGAGAGAGAGAUUGCUCUUUGCAAAGAAGAAAUCAAAAGAUUAUUGAAGAAACACCUGCUCCCGAUCUUUCUGAAAGCACGCGGCAGAAGAUGAAAAGAGCUGCAGAAAGGUUAGCAUCUUUAAUGAAUUACAAAGGUGCUGGAACUGUUGAAUACAUUUAUGAUGCUAAAAGGGACGAAUUUUAUUUUUUGGAAGUCAAUGCUAGAUUACAAGUUGAACAUCCAAUUACCGAGUUGGUUUCCAAUAUAGAUUUGGUUGAAUGGAUGUUGUUGAUUGCUGCAGAUACUCCGCCGGAUUUUGAUGAGACAAAAAUAGAAUUGAAAGGGGCAUCGAUGGAAGCAAGAUUGUAUGCUGAGAAUCCAGUCAAAGACUUUAUGCCAUCUCCUGGACAAUUAACAGAAGUCACAUUCCCUAAAUGGGCUAGGGUUGAUACUUGGGUCGAAAAAGGUACUGUUGUGUCAGCGGAGUACGAUCCAACGUUGGCCAAAAUUAUAGUGUAUGGAAAAGAUAGAAAUGAUGCAUUAAAGAAGUUGCGUCAAGCUUUAGAUGAAACCGUUGUGCACGGGUGUAUAACUAAUGUGGAUUACCUUCGAUCGAUUGCUAAUUCCAAAAUGUUUGAAGAGGCAAAAGUAACAACUAAAGUUUUAGACUCUUUUGAGUAUAAGCCACAUGCGAUUGAGAUUUUAAGUCCUGGUGCAUACACAACAGUUCAAGAUUUUCCAGGAAGACGAGGGUAUUGGAAUAUUGGUGUUCCUCCCUCUGGUUGUAUCGAUCAAUAUUCAUUCAGAAUUGCCAAUAGAAUAGUAGGUAAUGACAGUGCUUCUCCAGGUCUUGAAAUUACAUUGAAUGGACCCAAGAUAUUAUUUCAUCAAAAUCGUGUUGUGGCGGUUGCUGGUGGUAGAUGUCCUGUUCAAGUUAACGGUAGGGAAGUUAGCCAGUGGGAGCCAAUUGAAAUUAAACGCGGUGAGACAUUAACAAUCGGUAAGUUGACUACUGGUUGUCGAGCAUAUCUUGCAGUUAGAGGCGGGAUCGAUGUUGUUGAAUAUUUAGGUUCAAGAUCCACUUUUGCUUUGGGUAACUUGGGUGGUUAUAAUGGUAGAGUUUUAAAACUUGGGGAUGUUUUAUUUUUAGGUCAACCUGAUGUUUCGAGCUCUACCUUACCAAUCCCUAUUUCAGCACCAAUAAAAGUUUCAAAAUCAAUAAUACCAAAUUAUGAUCACAAAGUAUGGCAAAUCGGCGUCACCUGUGGGCCCCAUGGAUCUCCAGAUUUUUUCAAAGAUGAGUCAGUUGCUGAAUUUUUUUCGUCAACUUGGAAAGUUCACUACAACUCUAAUAGAUUUGGUGUUCGAUUAAUUGGUCCAAAACCAAAAUGGGCUAGAGCAGAUGGUGGUGAAGCUGGUUUGCAUCCUUCAAACACUCAUGAUUAUGUUUACUCGAUGGGUGCUAUCAAUUUUACCGGGGAUGAGCCAGUCAUUUUAGCUUGUGAUGGUCCAAGUUUGGGUGGAUUUGUUUGCGAAGCCGUUGUUACUGAGAGUGAAUUAUGGAAAGUUGGACAAGUUAAACCGGGCGAUUUAAUAAAGUUUAUACCAGUUUCAUAUGAAGCAGCAAGGAAGAUGAAAAGACAACAGGACCAAGUGAUUCAAAACUUGGAAGGUGAUUUGUCAUCAUCAUCAUCGUCAUCAUUGGAAAAAUAUUGUUUGACCAAACCUGAAGAUCCAAUUCUUUACCAAUUUCAAGUUUCUGAAAAUGCACCAAAAGUAACAUAUCGACAAGCUGGUGAUAGAUAUAUUUUGGUUGAAUAUGGCAAUAACAAUCUUGACUUGAAUAAGUCAUAUAGAAUACACAAGUUGGUAGAAGCGGUGAAGGCAUUUGAGCCCAAGGGGAUUUAUGAGUUAUCACCUGGUGUUAGAUCAGUAUUGGUUGAAUUUACUGAAGACAUCACUCAAAGAGAAGCAUUAGACACUUUAAUUGCUUAUGAAAAGGAAAUAAUAUUUGUUAAUAAGUGGCAAGUCAAGUCGCGGGUUAUCAAGUUGCCAAUGGCCUUUGAAGAUCAAAAGACAUUAAAUGCCGUAAAGAGAUACCAAGAAACGAUUAGAAGCGAUGCUCCUUGGUUGCCAAACAAUGUUGAUUUCAUUGCCAGUAUCAAUGGCGUUACUAGAAACGAUGUAAAAGAAAUGCUAUAUACUGCUAGAUUCUUGGUGUUGGGACUAGGUGAUGUUUUCCUUGGUGCUCCUUGUGCAGUUCCCUUGGAUCCAAGGCACAGGUUUUUGGGGACCAAAUACAACCCAUCAAGAACAUUUACACCGAAUGGUACAGUUGGUAUUGGAGGUAAUUACAUGUGUAUAUAUACUAUGGAAUCACCAGGUGGUUAUCAAUUGGUUGGACGAACGAUUCCUAUUUGGGAUAAACUAACUAUUGGAGAACAUUCAAACGAUGUCAAUAAACCAUGGCUAUUGCAGCCAUUUGACCAGAUUGAAUUUUAUCCAGUCACAGAAGAGGAAGUUGAUAAAUAUUCAGAACAAAUGGAUGCGGGUAAGUUCAAGGUUGAAAUCAUAAACACUGUAUUUGACCAUGGAGCAUAUUUACAGUGGGUUCAAGAAAAUUCUGAAUCUAUUGAAGAGUUUCAAAAUGCACAAGGAGGUGACAAAUUGAAAGAGUUUAAUAGGUUAAUUCAGGUUUCUAAUAAGGAAUUGGAAAAGAAUGGAACUAAGAUUCAAGAAGAGAAAAAAUACUCGGAGAAUGCUGAAAUGGUUUAUUCAGAGUAUUCGGGGAGAUUUUGGAAGAAUAUUGUGAAUGUGGGUGACAUUGUGGAAAAGGGACAACCUUUGGUUGUUGUUGAGGCAAUGAAGACGGAGAUGGUCAUAAAUGCUACCGCAAGUGGGAAAGUUAUUGAGAUUUGCCAUAAGAAUGGUGAUAUGGUUGAUGCUGGUGAUUUAGUUGUAGUUUUGGAGGUGGAGAAUUAG